AUGAAUACAGAUGAGAAACAGCAGAGUCCCCGACCUCAACCAUGUGCUGGGAUGUCAUUAAGCCAAAUGGUCAAGCUUACAAGCUGGCAUGUUGUAAAUUCAAAUACCUUAACAUUUGAAUACAGAAAUGCAUCUAUAAUUGUUAUGGUUUUGAUGAUUGAUACUUGUGUUCAAGCUUUUGACCUUGACGUCACCGAGUAUUUUCCAAUUUAUCGUUAUUGUAUAAUACCAAAUCUAUCUGCAGCAUAUUUGUUAAAUCCAAUAAUUGAAAUUAUCGAGAAUUACUAUAAUCUGUCCUUAUUUAAUCUCAAAGUAUAA